AUGUUUUUCAGGUUCUUGGCGCUCGGAGGACCGAUCAUGGGCAUGCGCAUGGCGACUUUCGUGCUGUGGCUGCUGCUGCACAUCUUUCUGGGGCACCUGGGCAUCGCGCAGCUGUCGGCGGGACUGCUGGGGUUCACGGUUUUCCGCGGCACGACGGUGUCGGUCUUGGUCAACCUGUCGACUGGACUGAACACAAUCGGCGGACAGGCAUAUGGUGCAAGAGAGUACAAGUUGGUGGGCCUUGUGUUCCAACGCUGCCUUGCCUUCUCUUGCCUAUAUUCUUUGGCCAUCGCUGUGCUGUACAGCCAAAGUCAGUGGCUGUUCAGCCACCUUGACCAGGUCAAAGAGUUGGCCAUGGCAGCUGGACAGUUCCUGCUGAGGAUCUCUCCAAGCACACUGCUGAUCAGCCCCCUCUACUGCCUGCACAAGUACUGGGCAGCUCAGAAGGUCACUUUGCCGGGCUUGGUGGCAGGUGCAGUUAGUGUCUUCAUUGCCCCAUGUGUGUUCUGGGUUUUUAUCUUCAGGAUGGGGUGGGGUGUCAAUGGUGGCGCACUCGCACUGGACGUCAUCAUUGCUUUUCGGCUUGCCAUUUUAACGAUCUGGAGCAUGGCGAUCAAUUCAAGAAAGGCAAAGACAGAAGCGGAGGACCUUGCGUGGCAUGGAUGGUCACUUCAGGCAUUCAGGCAAUGGGGAGGACUACUGAAAAUCGGGGUGUAUGCGAUGCUCAUGAUGUCUGUCAGAGGGUGGCUAUUCGAUUACUUUGUCCUGAUUGCAGGCAUCCUGCCAGAUGCUGAGGAAGCUGUGAGCAUUUUCGGCAUCUCCCUUUACCUUUCCGGCAUCCUGCAGGUCGUCACACGUGCCCUGAGCUCAGGCCUCUCAUUUGCAGUGGCCCAUGAACUGGGUGCUGGCGAUGCGAUCCAAGCCAAAUAUACUCUGCAGGUUGCUUCCCUGGUGAUGAUUGCGGUGGGCCUUUUGUACAAUGGUGUGCUGGCUGCGUGUUCGAGGUUUGUUGGAUUGGCAUGGACACAUGAUGAGGGCGUGGUGUCCAAGCUACCUCCUGUGAUAUGGAUUUCCUGCUUUGCGAACAUGGGUCAGGCUGUAGUGCACAUCUUCUCUGGAGCCCUGAAUGGCUGCCGCCGCCAGAAGGAGGGCUCUUGGGUGGCUACCCUCCUGUAUGGUCUCAUUGGCAUCCCUGGCCCCUGGCUCUUCGCCCUGAGCAUGAGAUGGGGCGUUGCUGGUUUGUGGGCCACAAAAUUAAUCGUGGUGGUGCUUGAGAUGGCACUGUUGGGUGCCCUGGUGGCGCAGCUGGACUGGCAACAGGAGGUUGAGCGAGCGAUGGAGGUGGUCCAGAGGACGAAGCGGGGCCCCCAGGGAAACCUGCCUUUUGCUCGGGAUGGAGGGCCCCAGACCAACCUGUCGAUUAGUGAUGAUGGGGAGUCCCAGACCAACCUAUCCAUGAGUCGUGAUGGAGGGUCCCAGACCAACCUAUCCAUAAGUCGUGAUGGAGGGUCCCAGACCAACCUGUCGAUUAGUUACGAUGGAGAAUCCCAGACCAACCUGUCGAUUGGGCAUGACGGGAUCAAUCUGUCGAAAGGUCAAGCUGGGGGAAGUGAGGAGAGUGAGUAG